AGAAAGAAAAACUCUCCCUCUCGCGAUAGUAGCUCGCUUAUGCAGCCGCCAUAUUCUGUCACAGUAUUUUGAUUCGUAUCUGCUGGAAGUGAGGAAAAAGAAAGAGAAAAGUAAGGGCUGUCGAGGGGGGGCCGAACAAGAGGAGCUGUCAAAAAGGUAUUCCCGAGUCUCUCUCAAACAGCGGGGGGGUUGAGGCGCAAUAUCCCUCCCCUAUUUCGAGGAUAGAGAAGGCCCAGGCCUCGGUGCUGUUGAAUCUCCGUCUCCCUGGUAGUAGUUGGACCCCUCUUGGCUUCUCUUCUUUCAGCACCGCGGCCCUCUGGAGGUCCGGCGGCGGUGUCGGGUGUUGAAGGUGGCCCGGGGAGCGGCGGCGGAGACGAAAAUGUUCAAGAUGACAGCGGAUUUCUGCCAUCAUUGAUGCCUCAGUGUGCUGACCAGACCAAGUAGUCCUGACCUGGCAAUAUACGAAUGGCACAGGGAAGCCACCAGAUUGACAUUCAGGUUUUGCAUGACCUGCGCCAGAAGUUCCCUGAAGUCCCAGAGGGUGUUGUUUCACAGUGUGUUUUGCAAAACAACAACAAUUUAGACGCCUGCUGUAAAUACUUGUCCCAGGUCAGUCCGGGCUACUUGUACAGUGAAGGAGGAAACCUCAGCUUCUCUGACGACCCCAGUUUUACCAGGCUCCGUAAUCACAUGACCCAGCUGAACCUGGGCCUUCAGUCUCAGAAUGUGCAUGUGGCCCCGGUGCGGGACGGCCUGAGGAUGAACGGCAGCAGGACUUUGGCCCAUAGUCUGAGCGACGGGCCCCUCCAGACAGGCCAGGCCCCCAACAGUGACUUCUUUCAGCAGGAGCCCCAGUCAGCUCCAGUGCAGGUGCCCGCCAGUCUCAAUGUUUUUGGUGUGAUGGAGCCCACAAGCAAACCGCAGCCUCCCCGGCACCUGGGACUGUAUCCGCUGGGUGUCAAAGGAUCGACCAUGGGCGCCCAGCAGACACCGCGUUUCAACCCUAUUACCGUAACGCUGGCCCCCAAUAUCCAGACAGGCCGCAACACCCCUACUUCUUUGCACAUACAUGGCGGGCCACAGUCGGGUCUGAGCAGUCCACAGGGUAACUCAAUCUACAUCAGACCCUAUGUCAGCCAGCCCGGUACGACCCGGCAGAACCAGCAGCAGGGGGGCAGGGCCCAGUACAGCCCCACCUCCCAGCCCCAGCAGCAGAUCUACCAGAUCUCGCACCCCUCCUCCUUGCCUGGUUCCUGGUCAGGCCCCCAGCACGCCUCAUCACAUACCUCACAACACCAGGCCCAGGGCCACCAGACCUCCCACGUCUACAUGCCAAUCAGCUCACCUACAACCCCCCAAGCCCCCUCUAUUCUCCAGGCUCCCGCUGGAAGCCAGGCCUCCUCCUCUGGUGUCUCCUCCUGCUCUUCUUCCUCCUCCUCAUGCUCCUCUGUUAUGCCCACCUCCCUGUCUACCUUCAGCCAGUACAACAUCCAGAACAUCUCCACCGGCCCACGAAAGAACCAGAUAGAGAUCAAACUUGAAUCUCCUCAGAGGAGCAACUCCACAACCACAACAGCCGUGCUGCGAACAAGCAGCGGGCCCCGCUCCUCCUCCUCCACCUCCUCCUCCUGUCCCUCCUCCUCAUCCUCUACUGGGGUGGCUACUGGCCCCACCACCCCUCUCUCCAUCGGAGGCCCGGGUCUGAGCCGCAGCCAGCCCACUGUUUACAUCUCUGCCAGCCCGCCCACUGCUGCUACCACUCCCUCUGAGGAGGCUGUCAUGGCCUCAGCCGGCUCCCGCUCCCAGCCCAAGUUUUACAUUUCUGCUAACGCCUCCAGUGAUGACAGUGGGGGGAGAAACCCUCCCACGGUCUACAUCUCAGCCAAUCCUCCCUUGCAGGGGCCUUCAGGGGCCAGGAACAUGGGUGGCCAGGUGAGCAUGGGUCCUGCCUACAUCCACCACCAUCCACCUAAGUCCCGUGCCUCAGUGGGAGGGGGAGGCACGGCCUCUUCGCCUCGGGUGGUGGUUACUCAGCCCAACACCAAGUACACUUUUAAAAUAACCGUGUCCCCCAACAAGCCUCCGGCUGUGUCCCCUGGAGUUGUGUCCCCCACUUUUGAGCCCACCAACCUCCUCAGUCUCCCCGCGGACCACCACUUUGUGGAGCCAGACCCACUUCAUCUUUCAGACCCACUGUCAGCACACAGGGAGAGGCCGAGCGAGCCUCGCAGACUCAGCAUGGGCUCAGACGAUGCAGCGUACACACAAGGCAAGGCUAGAAGGGAGAGAUUGUGGUUAGCCUUAUUGGUCCAUCAGAAGGCCCGCAUGGAGAGGCUGUGGCAUGAGCUGGAGCUGAAGAAGAAGAAGCUGGAGAAGCUAAAAGAGGAAGUCAAUGAGAUGGAGAAUGACCUGACCAGGAGGCGGCUAGAGAGAUCCAACUCUGCCUCUCAAAUUCCUUCGAUUGAGGAAAUGCAGCAGUUGAGAUGCAAAAACAGGAAACUGCAGAUUGACAUUGACUGCCUAACCAAAGAAAUUGAUCUCCUUCAAACCAAAGGACCACACUUUAAUCCCAGUGCAAUCCAUAACUUUUACGACAACAUUGGAUUCCUAGGUCCUGUCCCACCCAAACCCAAAGGUACUUUAUCUGUUGACUCGAGCAGUAAGAGCGCAAAGCCCGUAGCAGACCAGGAGGAGGACGAGGGGACGCAGUGGAGUUGCACAGCCUGCACCUUCCUCAACCAUCCCGCCCUCAACCGCUGUGAACAGUGCGAGUUCCCGCGGCAUUUCUGAGCCAAAGAGGCUGCGACACACCGCCCCUUUCUCCAACCGCCUUUCUUCUACCAGACUAGAUUAGAAAAGGCCCCUUUGUUUUUCUUUUUCUAGUUGUAUGAAAACUCGAGACGGGGCGUAGUCACCGUGCAUCGUGCGGCCUGUUUUUUUUUUUUUUUUUUUUUUUUCCUUUUUGUUUUGUUUUGUUUUUCCUCUCUAAGGUUUGUAGAAUGCUGUCCACUGAAGGCUUGACUGGAUAGUGUUUACAGCUUGUUGUUUCGUACUAAGGCUGGCAGAGUUGGAUGAUACCUCACCUUAGAGACUCGGAUUGCGUGGGGUCACCUCCCCUUUUCUGCUCAACGGGUGACAGUUACCCCCUGGGGAUACCUCGCUGCUCCCAUUUUACAGUAUUAUGAGUGUUGUCCCGCAGUGUGAUGGCACGCAUACACAUCCACAAAACACUCGCACUCCCAACACACACACGCUCAUAUGCAUGUACACAUGCACACACGAUACCACGCACACGUAAGACACACAUGCAGCCAACAUUGGUGCCAAUGUGCCUUUGCUGAAUACAUUUUUUUUCUUCUGUGGUGGCAUGAUCAGGAAUGGGAACUGUGGUUGGCCACUGCUCUCCAUCUGAAGGGAAAACUAACAGACUACUCGUGGACUUUUAAGUUUGGUUGCUGUUUUUAAAGGAUGUCAAAGGGGGAACUAGCAGUGUUACUGCCACUAAAACUUGCCUCUUGUCGCCCUCACCCCCCCUUUGUAUGCCUUACCAGUCUGUCUCUCUUCAGUCAUGAGUUAAUAAAAAAAAGGAAACUAAAUUGCAUGCUUUGUGUACAGUACAUGGAGGCAAGAACUACCCUUGAGGUUUUUACUGUACAUAAUGUUAGAAUGUGCCUUAAAAGCCUUCUUCCUCACACUAUGAAUCACUUGUAUUUCCUGUAAGUAUAGCUUUAUAGACUUUAUUAACUUUUUUGUCUUGUUUUGUUUCUCUCUUUCAAACAAAUAAGCACCGUGUUCCCUUUUAAGCUUUUUACUUGAUUUCUGUGAGAGUUGAAGCCUUGCAGAAGGAGAGGCGCAGAACAGUAGAACGAAACCGUUGCAGUCAUCAUAAAGCUACGUCUGCCCAGUCUGUUCAUCGCUUGUGUAAAUGCUGAAUUUCCCGUGUACGAUCUGCAGACGCAGCAAAGUGAAAAGAUGGAGGAGUUUUUCAGGAUGCCAAAGGUCUUGGGACUGUUUUUUUUUUUUUUUUUCUUUUGUGGGGGGGUAUCAAAAAAAACAAAAUACAAACUGCCGUGUUAUCUGACAACUGGAAUGUAGGUUUAACGUUUGGGGACAUCUACACCUCAGUGCAAAGAAGAGACGUGAAUUUUCCAGCACACCCUUAAUCUUACAUUGAAUCAGAGGCACAGGUUGGAUGUAAGACUGCAUAAAGGAACAGUAUCAAAGUGUCCCUGCAACAGCCAGUUGGUUUGAAAGGAAACUGUUUCCAUUGGGAUUUCAUAGUUCAGAUAGUUGCUCUGCAGCCUCAAUUGGGUUUUCAUGAGUGUACCAAAGAUCAAGUGGAACAUGUUUGAAUGUUAGUAUUCCUGUCCGAAAUCAAGAAAUAUUUAUAUAGGUCACAUGCCUAUAUACUCCAAAUCAGAAUUUUAGACCAUCUCACAAUUAGUCAAGGCAAAAAAGAAAUGUUUUAACCAAGAAUAAGUAAAAAGUAACUUUCCACUUUGUGUAAUCUCAUUUUUAUUCGGCUUAAUUUGUCCUCUUAAGCUUUUAUUGAUGAGGAUGUUUCAAAAGUUUACUUAUUGCUAGUAAUUUACCUUAACUGUGGAGUAGUAAUUUUGUGAUUUUUUUUUUUUUUUUUUUCCACAUUUUGUGAAACACUGCCUUGCAUUAGUGCCUUAGGACCGUAUUUGUAUCAAUAAAUUACGCUGUCACCAAUCAAAGUGCCAUUUUUAAAAUAAAAACCUUGUAGUAUUUUUUAAAACCAAGUAAGGCAGAAGAUGAAUUAUUAGUAGUCUCGUAAGCACUUAUGCCAUACUGCUCCUUUUUCAACCCAAAGAAACCAGUUUUCAGUUUUAUCUGCACCUUGGUGUGAAGAGGCAGUUCAUUCAUGUUUUAUUAAAUGGAAAAAAAAAUAAUUUGGAUAUCUAAAGUGUUUUUGAUUUUAGCUGGGAAAACUGUCUUUGUAACAGAUAAGUUAUUUGUAAAAAUAAUAAAAAAAGAAAUCUAUUCUGAA